CCGCAAAUAGCCAAAUAUUGUCCAUAAUAUUAAUCAAGUAUUAUCUUGGUCUCCUCCGUUCAUCCGGCGGCUCCGAUCGAUCAAAAGUAUUAUUCGAAAAUGGCGAUGCAAACUGGAGUUAGCACCUCCAAAGUUCUGAUCCUCGUCGGAGCAGGUCUGACUAGUUCUGUUAUAUUAAGGAGUGGAAAACUCUCAGAUAUAUUAUCAGAGCUUCAGGAGUUAAUGACGGGUGUUAACGAAAUUGAAAUCCAACCUGGAAAGUACGAUAGUGCUGCUCUUGCAGCACAGAUUCGACAACUGGCACAAGAAAUUCGGGAGUUGUCUCUCUCUCGACCUGUUACUAUUUUCAAUGGAGAUUCCAGUUCUAGUGGAGGCUACUCAUCUUACUUGAUGCCAGCUGCAGCACUAGGAGCAAUGGGAUAUUGUUAUAUGUGGUGGAAGGGUUUAUCUCUUUCUGAUGUUAUGUUCGUAACUAAGAGCAAUAUGGCAAAUGCUGUAUCGACGGUUUCAAAACAAUUAGAGAAUGUUUCUGAUGCGUUAGCUUCUACAAAGAGACAUCUAUCAAAAAGACUUGAAAACUUGGACUGGAAGUUAGAUGAGCAGAAGGAAAUAAGUAAACUGAUCGCAGAUGAUGUAAACGAUGUGAAGUCCAAUCUUAAUCAGAUAGGUUACGACAUCGAUAUGAUCCAUCAAAUGAUGGCCGGAUUGGAAGGAAAGCUUGAUCUUAUCGAAGGAAAACAGGAUAUGACCAAUUCAGGUCUAUACUACUUGAUGCAAGUAGCUGGUGGUAUUAAAGAUGGAAUAAACGCCAAGCUCUUUAAGGAUAUUGAAGCUAAGAUAGGAGAACAAUCGAAAAUUACAUUUGAGGAGACUUCGUUAAAGGGCCUUCAGUUUCUUACAGAUGCUAAUGAUUCGGGCCCAAAAGAGAAUCCUGUGCUGACUAAAAUGAGCACCAAGGUAAACAAAGAUCAAGAUAACGCUAAAUCAAGAUUUCGUAGGCCGUACCCGGUGGGUUUGUCAUUUGCUAAAGAUAUAUGAUUGGUUGAACUUUGAAGGGUUGGAAUGACCACUAUUCUUUCAUCUUUUUGCCAAGUUAUGAAUUCAUACUAUUCAAAAUGUGGGUUUCGUUUGAUAAUGAUAUCGAAGUUGGUGGUGCGUGACGGCACGCCAUCUGUAUACAUAUUUAACUGCUACUUGUAAUGUAUAAUUGGACAUGGGUUUUAUGUACAAUAAUACAAAGUAAGAGUUUAAUUGUA